GAAGAGUUUGGUGGAGCUUGCCAGCAGUGAUCAGAGAUUCAGACCAAUGGUGGAGGAGAUGCUGAAGAGAUCACCUGAGAAAGUCCUCCUCAUCAUAGACGGCUUUGAUGACAUCAACCUAUUGGAAGAAACUUCAGGUCGGACUGGCCAGUCUGAAAAUGGGCUUUGUGACCUGCUGCGUAGACACCAGAGCUGCAGUCUGUUGAUCACCACUAGGUGCCGCUCUCCAGGUAGUCUGGACCAGCUGAUCAAAGAACGGCAGACACGCUUCACUGAGAUCCUGGGCUUCUCGGAGAAUGGAGUGAAGUGGUACUUCCAGAAGUUCUUCAAGAAUGAGCAGAACUCUGAGGACACGUUCCAUUUUGUCCGUGGCAACGAGAUGCUCUUUACCUCCUGCUGCAUCCCUGUCAUCUGCUGGAUAGUCUGCACUGUGCUGAAGAUCUCCAAAGUCAAAGGGGAUGUCGACACAAUGAAAACAACUACCUCCAUAUUUGUACAUGUUGUAUCCACUCUGCUUGAGAAUCACACUCGCGACUUUCGGGAGCAGCUUCAGAGCUUGUGCAAGCUAGCUGAGAUGGGGACUAAAAACAGUAAGGUCCUGUUUGAGAAGGGUGAAAUAUCUAACGUUAUGUUGAAUCCUGACGGAAAUCCUUUUCUCCACAAACUCCAUCAGCGGAAGAAGUACAGUUUCAUACAUCUGAGCUUUCAGGAGUUCUUCACUGCUCUCAAGUACACCAUGAUGAAUAGCACUGAAGCAGUUAUGGAGCUGACAAAGUCUGUAGAGGGAGAAAACCCUAAACCACAGCACCUGUCAGUCAUCCGCUUUCUGCUUGGCCUCUCAAACCAUGAAGUGAGUGGACGUGAGAAACUCAUUGCAUCAGAAGGUGCUACAAUGUUUUCAGCUCAGCCUCUGAAAGACUGGCUUCGUGAGAAGGUGAAGAAACCCAACCCGUCAGAAAUAACCCUGUUUCUCCUGCACUGUCUCUACGAGCUCCACGAGGAGGAGUUUCUGAAGAGAACCAUGGAGGGCGUCCGAUACAUCAACCUGCAAAACAGUCCCCUGAAAAGGAGGGACUGCUGGGUGCUGCAGUACUGUCUGCACUGCCGCAUCAGCAUCGCUCGGCUCAACCUCAGGCGCUGUAAACUCACUGCAGACGGGUUUAGGCUGCUGAAGCCUGUGCUGUCUCAGCUCAACUGCGAGGACCUGAGGUUUGAUGUUGAGGGCCUGGGGGAUUCCAGCGAAUUCCUUGAGGUCCUUACUAGAUCUCGGCCGGAUGGGAGCAGCCAGCUGCCGCAGCAUGAUGAACGUGAUGGCAGAGUCCCAGAGAAGAUCCGGAGAAAGUCAGUGUCGAUGCAUUUAUCCUGCAUGGAGAGCAUUAGUGUCAGAACUGUCUCUGGGAUACUAGACGUAUUCAGAGCAAGCGGGGUUGAAUUGGAUUUGGAAAUGAGUGCUGAAGUCGAUGAGCAGAAGUGCAGUAACGAGACGACCGACUUCUCAAACUUUACAGUAAAGAGGGACAAGGACAGCUUUAUGCUGACUGUGGAGCAGUACGAGAACUCCAGUCCUGCGGCAGUCCCAGCGGCCGUCACCCUCACCCUGCUGCCAUCUGACGGUCUCCGCGUUGACUGGGAAAAGUUCCUAAAAUUCUUCAACAACAAGAAUGUCUCAAGCACAGGGGCCUGUGAAAGGUAGGUGGGAUCAAAGUGGAAGU